GGCAGAAAGGGUGGGGGCACUCGCUGACUAGGAGAGCACUUUUUUUUUGGGGGGGGGGGGGUGAUUGAGGGGACCUCGUGUGGCGUCGAGCGUCCCCCUCCGUCCCCCGGCUGAGUUUAAUGUGUCAGGCCGUCUCUCGUCGGCCUCAGUCCGCUGGAAAUUAUUUUUAACCGACAAGAAAAUUGGCCGGGACGUACACAUGAGCAAGACAAUCCCGGAAAUAACAUGCGUACUCUCAGCCUGUCACGUACGCUCACUGGAUUUGCAUUGCUGUAGGCUGCCGUAGAAACAAUACACAGCCCCCAACAUGUUUAUAAGACGGAUACAAAGUCAUUUCUGGAGGAUUGAAUGAGACUACGGGGUGACAUUUAAGAUAUCAGAAAAGACUUGGUCAUGAAACUUCUGCUAUCUGUGGCAAAGAUCCUCUCCAUCAGAGAAAGCAUUGGCUCAGCUGAAAAAUGAAGCGAGGACGUGUGCUACGUGCGCAUCCAGCACAUGACGAGAUGAAAUGGAGAGCUUGGGACAAACGGACCUUUUAAACCCAAGCCCUGCCAGUGUGUCUGUGGAGAGCAGGACGAGCGCGGCGCAGCUCGUCUGUGGACAGGCGGAGAUUCACCACACGUACCGAGCGGACAUGGGGCCGGUCGGAAGUCCAACAGCUGCGGAGUUACUCGCGGGUCUCGCCUCUCAGACCGACUCCCCCGCUAUCACAACCCCGACUAAGCUGUCCAAAACCGGCGUGCCGCUCUACACCGGCGGGGUGGUGUCCCCAUCUGCCACGGUAGAGGGGAGCCAUUCGGGCGUUUUGGCUCACACACCAAAUGGUUACCCGGCACAUAUGAAGGGGUUGGCAGGGGCUUUAUGCAGCCCCGUGUACCCCCUCACCAGCAGGGCAUGUCUGGUGGAGAGCGGGGACUGGACAGCUCAAGAAAUGUGCUCUUUGAUGACGAGGAGGACAAAUGGGGACCUGACAGCAAGACAGGUGCAACAGCAGAAACGAAGAGGUGGGGAGAACCGGGACUUCGGGUCAGGGACUGUUAGUGAUCUCAUGGUGGGGUCAACCGGUUUAGGAAGCUCGGUAGACCAGGUUUUUGCUUUGGGUGAGUCGGACUUAAAGAGGAGACGAUUAGUGGAUGGAAGUGUUGCUCACAAAUCUUCGGAGACCUCCGCGGCGCCCUGGGGUGUCGCCCGUUUAGCCACCACAGUCAACUGUAGCAACAGUUCCCAUAGCAAGCAAAUGACUUUCGAUCAUGGUGUCACUCCACAAUCUCCCUUCACCCCUGCUGCCCCUCAUACUAACCAGCACAACGGAUACAUGGUGGCCUCCCCGGGACAAUCAGCCGCCCCCAGCCAGACCUCCCCAACAGAGGCUAACUGCAUCCCAACCCCACCUCCUUCUGCGGAGUGUGGCUGGUCUGCAGAGCGCAUAGCACAGCAGUACAUUGUCCCCUGCAUGAAAUACUAUGGCAUCUGCGUGAAGGACAACUUCCUGGGGCCUCAGCUGGGCAACAUGGUGCUGGAGGAGGUGGAGGUCCUAAAUCGAAGCGGGAAAUUUCGGGGUGGCCAGCUGGUGAGCCAGAAGACCAUCCCAUCUCGUAGCAUCCGGGGCGACCAGAUUGCCUGGGUGGACGGACUGGAGCGUGGCUGCGAGAGUAUUGGGGCGCUGAUGGCUCACAUAGACGAGGCCGUCAUGUACAGCGCUGCCAGUGGACAGCUGGGGGACUGUGUCAUCAACGGACGCACAAAGGCCAUGGUCGCCUGUUAUCCAGGAAAUGGAGCAGGGUAUGUCCGCCAUGUUGACAACCCUAACGGGGACGGACGCUGCAUCACAUGUAUCUACUAUCUCAACAAGAACUGGGAUGUUAAGAAGCAAGGAGGGCUGCUGCAGAUCUACCCUGAAGGCAAAAAUGUGGUAGCCAACAUCGAGCCUCUGUUUGACCGGCUGCUCAUCUUCUGGUCUGACCGCAGGAACCCACACGAAGUCAAGCCAGCCUACGCCACUCGCUAUGCUAUCACAGUCUGGUACUUUGAUGCCAAAGAGAGAGCUGAAGCUAAGGAGAAGUACAGAUUGGCAACAGGACAGAAAGGUGUUCAAGUGCCUGUCACUCAAAACAGCAGGACAUAAAAAACAUCAAGUCAUUUGAGAGUCUCUGAAAGUAUUAUGUGCCUUCCUGAAACACUUACUGACGUCGUGAUCAUAAAGGCAGACACGUCAAACUGUCGGUGAUCACUUCAGCUUCAUGCCGCUCCUGCAGUGUCGGCUGUCAGGUUCACGUCACAGGCUAUGAUGUCAUGAUUUCCUGCCAUGUGAUUGGGCCGCUGAUGAAAGCAGAUAGAGAGAAAACGGACUGGAUUGUUUGGCAAAGGAAGAUCAAAAAUACAUGUUGCGGUGGCAAAAAAAAGAAGAAAAUAACUCUGACGUCUCACGAAUCAUGUAUGAAGACAACAAACUGAAGAAAAGAGACUUAUAACUUUUUGGUUGUUGCAGUUUUGCCUGUUCAGUUUUCAGUGGUGUUGUGGUGUAUUGAGAAGUUAUUGCUUUACAAUGCUCCAGUGUCUUUUUUUCCAAUUCAAACACAAGAGCAGAAAUGAAGAACCUGGGGACUGUUGGGGGGGAUAAAGGGGUGCACGAAGUUAAAAUCAAGGGUGUUGUUCCGUUUCCUGAAAUCCAUUAAUCCCCCAUUAUCCAGGAUGUUGUCCCUUGUCUCAUGAUGUGGGCAAGUGUUUUAAAGUCAGAGAGAAGACAGAGGCCGAGAAAAAGAAACAUCAUCAAAUGAUUGUAGGCCAUGAUACAUUGGAAAGCUGUUAUAUAGCACACAUUUAGAUAGUCCUGGUUUAAGCACCAAACCAAAAUAUUACAAGAAUAUACUCAAAACCUGCAUGAGGACAACUCUACUGUAGAUUUAAAAAAAAAAAAAAAAAAAAGCACACUGAAAAAGGUUUCAGAGAGUUUGAAAGACUUAAUGACAAGACCAGGCUAAUACUUAAAACAUAAAAUCAAAAAUCAGUGCAACAAAAUUACUUAGUAAUGCAGCAUGGACGAUUCUGUCUAGUUUUGAUUUAAGUAGUUGCAAUUCUUCAAGCCUUUUUAGAAGCUUUUCUACAUAAAGGAUGUGAAUUGAAAUGCGCUGUUGGCACAUGAGACAAGAGGCAAGCUGGGUUUGAUGAAUCAGACCGUAGGUUUUUUGUGUUGGACUGUGUGUGCUAGUUUGUAUGCACAUGGGACUCGACUCUUACCUGUACUUUACUAGAUACAAACAGCGUGUAGCGUCAUUGUGGACGUUAUCAUACAAAACGUUUCCCCCAAAACACACAGACACACACACACACACACACAUUUGUACUUACACCAAUAACCUGUACACUCAUAACCAUUAACAGUAUAAAGCACAGAGUCAAGCUUACACUGUAUGUGAACUGCAGGAUUAAAACUAUUGCCUGCUCAUGUGGGAGUGUUUGAAAAUGUGAACUUGUGAACGGUUGAUGCUGUUUCAAAGAGGGUUUAAGGUAUCGUGUCAGUGUAUUUCAGAAUGGUUGAAGAGAAGGCUGUUUUAAAAAGCACUUUAUUGUUUGAAAUGCCAUGCGUGAAUGUUUGAAAAAUAUAACAAAAAUGUAGAUUAAUGCCUUUAUGCUGUGGAUAAUGUCAUUCAAAUGCAAUAGAAACUAAAACAAUUGAGAUCAAAUGGAAA